UACAAACUGAACGCUGAGGAUAACUUCAGUUUACUACCCAUUUAGACUUAUAGAUUUAAAGCCAAAACUUGCAAAGUUCAUGAUGGAGCGUUGGCCGCCAGCUUGGUGGAUCAUGAUCUUUUCGGUUGUCUGCAUCACGACCGAAGCAUCACACUUCCGAGGCGGUAGUGUAAUGUGGGCUCCUGACAACACUGAGAGCAACAAGCUACUCGAAGUGCUGUUGGAUUUCUGUCAGAUAUUCUCCAAGUGUUAGUAACUGGCAUAUACGAACCACGGUAAACCUCUCUCCCCGAUCAGAUAACGGAAAAAUCAAUUCAUCUCCAGUAACAAGAAGCCCACCCAUUGUUCGAUUUCCAGGAGGUUGUCGUCAGUCAUUUAGAAUACCGGUUGAAGACCCAGAUGGCGAUACGGUGAAAUGCCGAUUUGCGACUUCAACGGAGUCCCUCAUACCCAAUUCCAGUUUUCCUUACGGUACAAUAAAUGAGAAACAUUGUUUGCUGACAUACAAUGGAUCGUCCGAAGCAGACGGAGUUUUCGCGGUAGCAUUAACUUUAGAAGACUUUCCAGCGGGUACAACAGACUUUGACAGUGUCACACCAUUCAGCAGUAUCCCAUUACAGUUUAUUGUCCUGGUGACUGGUAACUAUAGUGGUAGUUGCGAUAAAAGACCUAUCUUUACAGCAUCGACCCCUAAAGAUGGUGAAUGUUCUGACCUCGCAGUUGGCUCUGAGUAUAGGGCAGUGAUUGAAGUACAGGUUGCAGACUUCUCGAAAUCCAUCGUGGAAAUACCUACUGCUUCUCCAUCUGGAAUGCAAUUUACUUCCUUGCGCAAUAAUGAACUUAUCUACUACAAAAAUGUCACGUGGUAUCCUCAUCAGCAUCAAAUUGGACAACAGCUGUUCUGCUUUAAGGCAGUAGACUCCUCAGGACUGGAAAGUGAUUGGCGAUGUGUGACAAUUCUUGUUGGUACUAGCAGGACUCCACGAGUUAUUUUGGCGAGUCGCACACCCAAAAAUCCCAUCAGUAGAUAUGGACCGGGAUAUUCACACUGGAGCAUUCAGUUUGAUCGAUCGAUUAAAAAGGCCCAAAGAUCGUCUUACAUAAAACUAGUCUCGCUGCCCACUGGACAAACAGUCUACAAAGUGGACGCACUCUCUCAAAACGUUACAAUCGGUAGUAAUUCUACCACUCUUCAUUUUGCAAUACCUUAUCCUAUGUUGAGCAUGGAUGGAUUAUACGCAAUCUUAAUAGAAAAAGGAGUAGUACUUGGACAUGGCUGUUCUUCAGGCGGUACACCCACACCCGGAAUAUCAUCGAUGAGUGACUGGCGAUUCUACGUCUAUGGAGUUUGCUCCUCUGGAUAUUCUCUCGGGUCACCAUAUUUUUAUAGCUGUGCUGAUAUAAACGAAUGCUCCUACUCAAGUUCCAGUGUGCAUUCGAACGCUACAACCCAGUCACAAAUCCAGGGGUUCAAGUUACCUGCAGACUGUGACCAAGUCUGUAACAACACUCCUGGAAAUUACAGCUGUUCCUGUGUAACCGGAUAUCAAUUGCAGUCGAAUGGAAAAUCUUGUAAAGAUAUGAACGAAUGUUCGGCAGAAAAUGGGGGCUGCAGUCAUCUUUGCUUCAACAUCCCUGGAUCAUUUUACUGUGCAUGCCCCGAAGGAUUUUCUAUGAGUGGAAACAAUUUGACUUGUGUCGACCAAAGCGCAAGUGUUUCAUGUGGGGAGAACAAAAUGACGGUGUAUUUGGAAAAGGGAAGAUUUCACUACCUUGCAGCCAAUCAACUACGCUUGCGCUAUGCCUCGUGUCGAGCCACCGAAAACUCCACCCACUUUUUGAUCAGCACCUCUUUAAAUAGAUGUGGAACCCAGCGGAACGAAACCGAGGAAUUUCUAACCUUUUGGAAUGAGGUCCUAGUGGAUGCUAAGGUGAUCGAUAAUGUGGUUACCCGCACACAUGAUAUAAAACUGCCAUAUCAUUGCAUUUACUCCAGAAAGAACUUGAUGAGCCGGGCGUUCACACCUCAAAGGAUUUACGUCGGGAAAGAAAUGGGAUAUGGUACUUUCACUUUCAAGAUGGACUUUUAUCACAAUUCGACGUUUGCCACGCCUUACACAAAGCAGGAAUACCCUAUAAUCGUAACUCUCGAUGAGUAUGUGUAUUUGCAGUUCGAUGUGGAGUCCUCAGCUGACCUAGUUAUCAUGGCUGAGAACUGUAAAGCUACCAAAGAUGCGAGUUCUUACUCUUGGCCACAGUACGCCUUCCUAGAAAACGGAUGUCCGAAAGAUUUAACGCUUGACUACAGUUAUGAUCCAACGCAAAAUUACCAACAAUUUAAAAUCAGAACGCUUAGAUUUUGGAACGACUACGACACUGUGUACCUCCAUUGUGAGCUGCUGGCCUGUCAUCGUAAUUCUAUCAAUUCCAGGUGCAGCAAGGGCUGUGUAAAGAGCAUGAGAAAGAAGAGGGAAAUAAAAGGAGAUGGGAUAGAGCAUGAAGAGAGUACAAAAAAAGUUAUUCUCACAAGUGGACCUGUAGUGAUCAAAAAAUUAAAAGAGGAAUCCAAAAAUCUCAGAAAAGGUAAACAAACAGCUCUGGUCGGUGGUCUGGUAGGCACUGGAGGAUUUGGUCUGGUCGCAGUUGGAGCUCUGGCCGUUUUGUUUAUUAAGUAUCGCAGGGCACAACGAAAUGGAGGACGUAUUCUUUAACUUUUUAAAAUAGUUGUAUCUUUUCGUUUCCCCUCACAUGUCAGCGAUAAAUUUAGAGUAGGAUGUUCCCUCCCUUCUUUCAUUUAUCUCUGAGUAAACCUUGGAAUACAGAAGAUCUACGCAUUUCUCUAAGGAAGUGGAUUAGUGACAACUUUAUUUAUAUACGGGGGAUAAUCUUGAAGAGUAUAAACUGAUGAACUACUAGCCCUCUUUCCUAAUUGUCUAGUAAAAGAGUUUAAAAUAAUCUAAAAACAUACAAGUUUAAAACACAUAACUAGAGCUGAUUAACAUAAGAUCCAUCUUAACAAUUUACGCUAACCAAUAAUUUUUUCAGGCGCAACAAAGGGAACAAAAGGUGUCUUUAUCGCGUAUUUCUAGAGAAGUUUAUUACGGAGCUUUGUUGCACAAGCUUGAAACGUCCUGCUUUUUUCCCUAUCCCUGUUGUAGCACGGGAACAAUAGGGACCUUAAGCAAACCGGGACGGCGACAGCAACGAGGACGUGAGAAAACAAAAGAUCUAAUUGG